AAUUGAUCCUUUGAAAAAAAAAUAUUUUAAUUAAAACUAAAUGCAAAAAUAAAAACAAAAACAAAAAAAAAAGAGCGAUCACUGACUUUGACCAUUAUUAGUUCUUUAUCUUUUCCUACAAGAAUUAAUAUACAACGGAAUCAAUAAAAUCAUCAGUACGUUGUUAUCGUUGAUGAACUAGCGAAACGAAGAUAAGAAACGUAAUAGAUAGAUAGUGGGGAAGAAACAUCUACAAGAUAUAAAUUGUUAAACAAAGCCAUUAUAUAAAUAACAACACAUGAAUCCCAAAGAAAAGAUUGGAAAGUUUUUAUGAUUUAAUUAAAUGAUCGUAGAAAAAAAAAAGAUCUGAACAAACAUUUCAAAUAACUGCACUAACAGUUCAAACAAAAAUUUAAUCUGAAGAUCUCGUGUUUUUCAUUAAAAAAUUUUUUUUGCAAUUGAUCCUAGAAUAUGCAUCGCCAUAAAUCAUGGGAUUAGAAUCGUUUGAUUAUUUACGAAAAUGACUUGGAUUACAUCGACAGUUAUCAGCUAAUAGAAGCUAUUAGACGAAUUUGAAGGAGGGCUCUCAGUAAAGAAAAGAAUACCUGCCCACGUAUGAGACAGUAUUUAACGAUAGGAGACGACUUGUGUUCACGUGGAAAUCAUAAAAAAAUGCUUCUCGAUAACACAGGCCUAAGGUGAAAGAAUACGGGCUAAUUCCGCAUUGGAAAAACCCUAUUUCCUAAAGAGAUAACCAACACUUAAAGGGUCUUUAUCAACCGAUCAGAUAUAGAAAAAUAACGAUUUCAACUUUUAAAGAAAAUCGAGCAUUAUGAUGCUUACUAGUGAUGCGAAUCAAGACACUUCAGUCACAACGCCAUGUUUAGCCAGCUGUCAGACAAUAUCGAUAUAUCCUGCUGUCGCCGCCACCAAUGCAGCUGCCAUCACCGCCAAAGAACCAAUCAAAAAGCCACAACGAAACUUACACGACUUGCUACUCGAAAUUUUCGAUGUAUUACUUUCAUGCCUAUUGAUAGCACCUUGCGUUAUAGCGUAUUGGCGUGGCACUUGGGAAUUAGUUGGAGUUCUACUUUUUCCAAAGAAUGCACCCCUUUCAGCUCUCUGCUCAUUCCUGAUCGGUGGUAUUGGUCAUUUAUCAUUUACACUCUUUCAAAGACUGCUCACAGAUAACAUACAUCCCGACAAACAUCGUUUAACAUUUUAUAUCAUUUCUCGCUGCUAUACGUACGCAUUUGGCAUAGUCUGCGUGAAUAUGUGGCGAGGGACAUGGGUGUUGUGCGAUUGGUUAACAAGUGCAGAUUCAUUAAUUAUAAUUUGUGUGGUAACAUUUGUGGCCUUAUUAUUUUUAUUUGCUACGCGAACAGUACGAAAUUUAGGUGCUGCCCCUUAUUCGAUUAUAAUGGAUCAUAAAAGCGAUUACUUUCAAGUGGAGACAAUGUUUCGAAUACCGAGCCUUCGGCAGCCGGGCUUAUAUUUAAUGGAUGCAUUAUUUUCGAUAUUUGUUAUUGGUACAUUGGUUGUUGUCGCCUGGAGAGGACUAUGGGGUGUAAUGGAUUUAACUUUAUAUCCGCACGAUAGGGCAAAAUCAGCUCGCGGCUCAUUGAUGAUGGGCUGCGUAACAGUUACUUUAACAUACGUUUUACAUCCAAUUGUUCGUUGGAUGUGUGAUCAUAUCGAUGGUGUUUGCAAACUAAUUAUAUGCGACAUUUAUUAUUUAGCGGAAUUCUUUGGAGCUGUAAAUACAUGGCGUGGCAUUUGGAAUCUUUUAGAUGUUUACAUAUACCCUGAUAAUCUUAUCUUAAGCUAUUGCGUAACGCAUAUUAUACCAUUCCUCGUACUGACCGCUUUAAAAUGUUCAAAUUCUAUAUUGGUCCGUGGUGUUUAUAUAGAUGCGGACGGCGAAGGUAGCGAUAGUAUUAAUAUACCCAUUAAUUAUAUAAAAUUGCAUUUCCAACGUGAACGCAAUAAACGUUCAAAGGCUAUGUCGUUACAUAAACCAAAUCUAUUGAUUCAUAAGAAUGAAAAAGAAGCUCACUGUACCUUAAAUGAAAAGAAACCUAAAAAUGAGAACAAAAUACAUUCAGACUUGGAUGCCAGCAGACAAUUAGUGUGAGAUUUGAUUUUUAAGAAAAGACACCAUAAGGAAA